UCCAAAUCAAUGAGGAUAAAAUGGUGAAGGGUGGACAUAGCUCCAAUGGUUUCUUAUCACCAUUGUCAGCUGGUCUGUAUGUCGGAUAUGGCCGAGAAGCAUUAAAGCAGAUAAUGCUGAAGCAAGAAGCGAUUUUUAGGGAUCAGAUUUAUGAACUUCAUCGCCUAUACAAAAGACAGAGGGAGUUUAUAGCUGAGAUGAAGAGGGAAUCGCACAAUCAUGAUAUAUGCAUCACGAGAACUCAGUCUGAUUUUUGUAAGUCUCAGGUCUCGGCAUUGUGUGCUCAGGAUGCACAUGACUUCCCUGUAUACAAUCGAUCAUCUAUUUCAGGUGAAGAUAAGAGCUUGUUACUUUCAAGUCUAGAGAAGAGUGUUCAAGCAGCUUCUGACUCUGUUCUGAAUGGAAUCUGUUCAAAGAAUCCUUAUUUAUCAGAAUCUAAGAGCAAGAUUUUGGGAAAAGGGAUGUUUGAUAUUGAACUUCCAGUUGACAGUAAACACUUGAACGAAAAACAUGAAGUGUCAGAAGUGCCUGAAAUGUCAAGCCAUCAUCUCCAUAGAAUACCUGAGAUUGCUCGAAAACCGUUUCUCAAGUAUGAUUUGAAUGCUUCAUUACAUAGGGAUUUUUCAACCACAGAUUCAUUAUUAGAGGAAACCAAGGUCUCGGUUGAUUUAAAUGAUCCUCCUAACUUUGAGGAAGAACACGGUUGUAGAUCCAUAGAUUUAGUGGAUGCUACUGGCCACAGGGAGAUACUUUUUCAUGAUCUCUCYGGCAAAACGAAUUCAAAGUUUCUUGUUUUCUCAGAGCAAGAUAUCCAUGGAAGAGAAAAUGGACUAUCUAACAAUGGCUAUUCUGAAUCGAGUAGCUUUUAUGACAGAAGCAAAACAUAUCAACCUGACAAAGAUAUUGCGAAUUCAAGUUUGUCAUCAUCCACUACAUCUUUGAAAAAAUCUGCACAAGUUACCAUAGGACACCCUAUUUUAGAGGCUGAGAGUUUGAAAAUGUUAAUAGAAAAUGCAAUGCUUGCUGAAGACGAUCUGUGUAGUGUUAAGAACUUGAGAUCUAGCAUUGGGUCUGAUAGUGUAAGCAGCCUCCUUGAGGGAAGCUUCUGCAAUGGCUCCAAGUCGGGGAGCAUAAAAGAAGAAUCUCAUCCCUCGUUUAAGGCUUCUGCAAAUUGGACCGGAGGUCAAAUUGACCUCAAUGUAUGCAUAAAUGAGGAUUUUUUGGCAACACCUUGUUGCUCCCCUGAAAUGAAAUUGGAGGUACCUGUGACUCCAAGAAAGGAAAAACACUCUUCAACUAGAGGAGAGUUUGAUGGCAACCAAGUUGGGACACAUUUUCUAAAGUCAGUUCAAGAUGAUGGCAAACCAUCAGAGGAUCUCAUUACGAUUGUUGCAGAAGCUUUGGUUUCUAUUUCAUCAUCUGUGGCUCAAAAUCGUCAAAAAACCACUGCCAGCGGUCAGUCUGCUCAAGCUCCAUGUGAAUCCUUAUGCUGGUUUGCUGAAAUAGUUUCUUCAAUGGCAGAUGAUCCAGAGACGGCUGAAAUAGCCUUGAAAAGUAAGGAUGUUGGUGACUCAGGGGAGCUUUUGCCAAAUUACAUAGAUGACUUUGAGAUCAUGACAUUGAAGUUGAAAGAAACAAAAGUGGAAGGGUGUUCCCUGACUGUAAGUAACCACCAAGAGGAAGCAGUAAAAAAUGUUUCUUCGCCUUCAUGUCAACUAGGGAAGGGCCGUGUGAGGCGGGGUCGGGGCAAGAAUUUUCAGACAGAAAUUCUUCCAAGUCUUGCAACUUUGUCAAGGUAUGAGGUCACUGAAGAUAUUCAGACAAUUGGAGGCCUGAUGGAAGUUGCAAGUUCUCAAUCGAUAACUGGUGUAGUGAAAACUUCAAGUGGAAGUAGAGCGUCAUGGACAAGAGGGAAGAGACGGUCCUGUAAUUCAUCAAAACCUACAGAGACUGUGAUAAGGUCAAUCAUGGAUCAAGUAAGCAGUGAUAAUGAACUGGAGAAUAAAGAAAGGAAUGUUAUAGUUUGGGAAAAUAUUACACGGCGACGGAGGGGACAGAGAUAUCCAGCUUGUAACCGAAAGAUUAUCUUAGGACAAGUAUAGUUGGACUUGCUUCGAGAAGUCGCUUCAAUUAAUUAUAAGUUAUCUGUAAAUUUUUAGGUAUGUUCAACACGACCUUCUUGAGUCAAUUGUUUGUUCCUUAAUACAUAGUUAUAUUAGAAAGAAAGAAAAACCACCAGUGUAUAUGCAGACCAUAGUUUUGGAAAAUGAAGUUAUCUCUUGCUGGUUUGGUUAAUGAGAUAUAGUUUACAGCUAAGUUAA